AUGCAGCCACUGAAAGGCCGCAGUGAGGCCCUCUUCAUUAUCUCGUGCAUCUUCCUGGUGGUACCCCUGCUUUUUGUGGCUCUUCGAUGCUUUACACGGUCGAAAAUCAUCAAAUAUAUUGGAUGGGAUGAUUGGACUAUGGUCAUAGCUAUGAUACUUCAAUCCUGGUUCACAGUUUGCGAAAUGAUUGCAAGUCUGUAUGGUCUUGGAAGAGAUGAACAGGAUUUCACAGUCCUGGCCAAUAUUGACACAGCUAUUAUGUGGUGGUGGCUAGGUCAAACUGCCUACCUUUGGGGCGCUGCAUUUGCGAGAACUUCUUUAGUUCUCUCACUUCUCAGUCUCACAAUUCAUCGUCGACGCCGCUUUAUCCUCUAUGCGGUGGUGUCAUUUUCAUGGAUGAUCAGUAUCGGGUUGUGGUUGCUGUUCAUUCUUGCAUGCAGGCCUACCUCGCAGUUCUGGGAACAGACUAAUCCGAACGCAUGUCUCCAACCAUCCCAGUUGGUGAUUGCAGCCUAUGUGCAAAGUAUAGUGGCUUCAAUAUGUGACUUUACGCUAGGUGCUUACCCAAUACCCCUUAUUUGGGGCUUGCAAAUGAGUAUGCGAACAAAGGCUCUCCUGGGGCUGACGUUAUGCAUAGGAUUUUUGUGA